AAUCGAGCUGUAACGUAUCAGCGCACGGUACACCUUUGACAAAAGCAACGCAGCAAGCAUGUGUCGCGCCGCUAUUCUUAUCCAUCAUGUAUGUGUGUAUGACACAACGUGAUGCUUCUGCAAGCCUUGUGUGCUCAAAAGAGGAGGCGGGGUGUCUGUCUUGUUUCCAAGGCUUCCAUUUUGAAGCUAAGAUGGAUGCUUGCGCACAUUUUCUUUCUCGUACAUCUCCGUUCUUAUAUAAUACCGAUGAGCACCGGACGCCCCAGUCGGGCGGUAAAGGCUGCUGUACAAACCUUCAACUCUGGUGCAGGUGAAGGCUCCAACCGAAUGGGAAGGAGUUUGAUGCGUUCCGCAUGCACGAGGCUUUAUCAUCACCCCACGCAGCCAUUUUCUCCACUGCAAAAGGCAAAUCACUGCUCGCCUUUCAAUCCCAGGAAAACGUCGCUGGCUGGACUUGACCCCGCACGGGGGAUGAUUUUUGUCAUCAAUCGAGGAGCAAGCGGACUUCAAUGUGACGGCUGCACUCGUGACACACCGGGAUGCCAUUAUGGGGCCGUACAAAGAAGUCCUAUUUGCAUCAAAUGCAGACUCGAGUAGCGAUGACUGAUUAUGUGGUGGUUUACUCCCUUGACUUCAGAACACACAGUGUGGCUUUAAUUCCCACUCGGCGCAUUUGGCCAAAUUCCAAUCGCAUAUAAGGACUGUUGCUAAUGGGGACCGGAUUUGGGGAUUUCUUUGACCAACCGGUGGCAUUUAUCACCACAUGGCCACCGUCGUACCGCUAUUAGUGGAUUACUGAUUGAAAACGCAAAAUGUUCUUUUGGCGCAUCGCAGUGCGUGGCCUAGUGGUCUGCACACCCGCCUCACAGUCCCGACAGAGGUCCAGGUUCGAAUCCCGGCUCAGGCCCUCAGUGUGGACUUUGCCGGCUUCCUCUUACAUUCGCAAAACAUGCGCGUUAGGUGAAUGAAAGACUCUCAAUUGUCCAUAGAUCGUCCAAGGCGAGUGGCUUCGGUUCUUUUCCAAACAAGGAGGUUUCCUCUCACUACUGCAAAGCACCAGUGCUCCGUCACUCUGCUGCUGACCCUCGCCAGGCGUCAUGGGUACAGUGCUGUCCCUCUCCCCGAGCUACCGCAAGGCAGCCCUGUUCGAGGAUGGCCCGGCUACAGUGGGUCACUACACGGCGGUCCAGAACAGCAAGAACGCCAAGGAUGCCGCGGCAGCCGCUGCCAAAUCCCUCAAGCGCCCCUCCAUCAUCAGUGUGUUGCCGUGGAAACGUAUUGUGGCCGCAUCAGCCAAGAGAAAGGGCUCCAAGAAGCUGCAGUCCGACGGCGGCGACGGCGGGAAAGGAUGCUCGCCGGACGCGGAUGACGUCAUCACCUCUAAUUCGGCGUCUAACAGCUCGAAGCUGAAGAAGUCUCAGUCCUGUGCAAAUCUUGCCUCUUAUUCUUCCAGCCAGGAUCCCUCGGCCACCACCUUGACUACCUCCUCCCACCUCCCGACCUCCAAGACCCUGAUUAACGUAGCUACUGUCGCUGCCAAAAAGAAUUCCCUAACUGGCUCUGGGAUCCAGCCUUCGACUGCGGUCGGUACACCAAAGCGUGUCAUUGUUCAGGCCUCCACCAGCGAGCUGAUGCGCAGCCUCGGCGAGUUCCUGUGCCGCCGUUGUUACCGUCUAAAGCGUCUCUCGCCGACCGAUCCCGUGCUGUGGCUGCGCAGCGUGGACCGCUCCCUUCUCCUUCAGGGCUGGCAGGAUCAGGGCUUCAUCACGCCGGCCAACGUGGUCUUCCUCUACAUGUUGUGCCGCGACGUGGUCUCCGCCGAGGUGGCCUCGGAGCGCGAGCUGCAGGCCUCGCUGCUCACGUGUCUCUACCUGUCCUACUCCUACAUGGGCAACGAGAUCUCCUACCCGCUGAAGCCCUUCUUGGUCGAGGCCGAGAAGGAGGCCUUUUGGGACCGCUGCCUGGAGAUCAUCGACCGCAUGAGCGGCAAGAUGCUCCAGAUCAACACCGACCCGCACUUCUUCACCCAGGUGUUUGCUGACCUGAAGAACGAGAGCAAGAAAGAAGAGGAGAAGACCAAACUCUUUAUAGGCCUUGACCGAUAAAAGGAGGAGGAGAGAACAGAGGGAUGUGGCAAUGGAGGGCUGUGAUAUGGAGAGGGCAGGCGGGCUACUGGAACGAUGGUGUUGUCUGGCGUCUCCAACGCUUUACGGUGCUGUACACCAGUCUGCCAUCAAGCACGAGCGGGCGCAGAGUCUCACGGGGCGCCGAAAUACAAAUUCAUAUUGAGAAACGUAGUGCCUCAUUUAAAGGCCGCGCUUAUUACUACGUGUGCUAAACAUACUUCAAUUCUUGUGGUUGUUAAUUAUUGGAAUAUCCGCUCGGUGGAUUCAAUUGCCUCCGAUGACUUUCGUGCCAGUUGAUAUCUCGAGGGAUCGAAGGUCAAAUCUUACAGUCUCACUGGCUCGAUACGUUUUGGGCCUAAGCGGUUGUUCAAUUUGACAUUGACGAAGACUCGGCUGUUUGGCUGGAUGUCAUUUGAAAAAGGGAACGAAAUGGCAGCUUGUGAUCCCGUGCCAGUGCCAGUGCCAGUGCCAGCGGUUUCCUUUUGGACUAAAAGAAGUUCGAAACGCCAGACAACAUUCAUUUAAGAAGUAACGGUGAAUAAUAGCAACUUGGAAAUACAGGAUAUUGAUACAACAUCGCAUGAGCUCACGUCAUACAUCGUUGCACGCGACCACAUGCUUAUGGCCAACUCCACUUCACCUUAUUCCUAUUCUCGUGCCGAAGCUUAUUCCGCUCGUCAACGCUGGCUGUCGGGCCCACGGCCGAAACUUUAAACGCAUACGAUCCCAAAAAACAUAUCUGUAUUUGAUAUACUCGUCGUGGCAUCGUACUUAAGAAGGGUAUUAUUAGUCAAAGGUGCUUGGAAGUAAUACGGAAAGAGCACACAUUUAGUCAGCCAAACGGCCCAGCGGUAAAUGGCUGGCCCAAAACGCAGCGGAAUGCAAUACCCAAUCCUCCCGAAUGGGCUUUUAUAGAAUAACUCCCCAACCCCGCGCACUUUCUCCCGUAUCGGUGCUGGCGUGAAUGACAACAGGAAAGAAAGCUUUUACAUUUGAUAGAAAAGUGUGAACGUUAGGAAGAAAACGUCGUUAACCACCGGCCUGUUUGAACAUCGGCUGACACUUCAAGCGUGGACGUCCGCUCUUUUUUCCCCCCUAAAUGCUGCCGCCAAGAAAGUGAAACCGCCCCCGACUGUCGCAAACAACGGAUGUGGACGCAGAUUCAAUUCUAAGCCGAGUUGAUUUUCGAAAGGCGUGCGAGGGCUCGAGCAGCUUGUGGUGAACAAAAGUAUGAAACAAAAUGGAAGGAAAGCUGACAUUUGCCUCCCUGUUGCAGGCUUAACACCUUUGACUUUCUACAGCAGUGUGUGGGAGUGAGUGUGGUACUUUUGCACAAACAUUUCAACCGUGGGGUAAGUAAAACGCCUCGUCCACCGCUGAACUUUAGUCCAUAGUCGUGCCAUACUCAUAUUCAUAUUCAUAUUCAUAUUCAUACUCGCCACAGUGUGUACCAGUCACGAGGUAGCCAAAGUGUGAAGCCUCCAUUGUUUCAUCCCGCAUCACUUUUAUGCAGUCUAUUGCUCCUGACACAUACACGUACACGAAGUGCACAUAUUCCCUUUCUGAGCUUCACGCAUUCAGCCAAUUGCAUGCGUGCAUGUACAGCUUCGUAGGCAUGCAGCUUUCGGCUGAGCAUUCGCAGAUAAACUCCCGGUCACGGCAUCCGGUGACCAUUGCAGUGUCCCUGUGGAUGCCGACGCGCGUCGAUUGUGCUAAUGAGACAACACGGACACAUCGUCAAGUUCUAAAGGCGGCUUUGUCAUUCACUUCUGUAAAACCUGAAACUAUAGUAGCUGCUUUCACAGUUUGUAUAAAACAGGGACGGACGUGGCUGAAAUAUUCUCUCUCUCUCGUCAGCGGACUGUUCUGAACGUGAUGCAAAGUGUCAUAUUAAGCAGAAUGACGCUGCAGUUUUCGUGUUGGCGUAAGCACGAGCCGGCGUGUCGCUGAGACAAUGCAAGGCGCAGUUCAUCAACAAUCGAGUCCAAACAAUUGCCACACUUCCCAAUGAUUUAGUCACCCAUCCCUACGAACCCAUUCCCACCAAUUCCACUCGAUGAUCAUUUCCCAGAGGAGAUGAAUUAUUCCCUUCCUUUAGAUGAUCUCCGUUAGCAUCCAUCCAUCAACAAAUGUAUUUUCCGGCCUCAAACAGAGCAUCUUGCGUGACACAAUUCCAAAAUACGCUAUCCGAUAGCAAACCUUAAAGAAACAUCCAAAACACCUUUUUAAUGUCGAAACGUUUCGCUGCUGUGAAAGUUAAAUCCCAAUGCAAACCUUCGCAGUUGCUUGGCGUGCGUCCGUCCACAAAAUUGAACGCAUUCAGCGUUGUAUGUGAUGACGCCGAUGACAACGGAUUGAGCAUGCCGUAAAGACAAUGUAGCCCGGAAUCGGACCUCAUGUGACAUUUAAUGACUCCGCGGUGGACACACUUGUGCACAUCGCCUUCCGCUUCUGCUCCUGAUGGAAAACAAGUAGCAUUUCUCUUCACAGCAGCGGCUUAGAGGAUAUGAUGCUUAAUGACACAACUCGCAGUAGGUUUGGACAAGAUGAUAUCAUUGCAGCCUUACUGAUACAUUCAAUGAUGACUCCGAGAUUUGGUGAUGAGAAAGGAUUUCAAAUGUCAAUCAGUAUUUUUCUAUAGUAUGCCGUGAUUCCAUUAUCAUUCAAAGUCGGAACUGUAGUACUAAAUAAUGAUAAGGUAAGAGCUACAUCCUUGCAACCAUUUUAUACACCUCCAUUUGCAAUCCAUUUCUCCCGAUGUUUGAUAUCUUGGCCCUGGAGCUUUUCCGUAUAGCUACUAGGCAAAUACAAUACAUGGUGUAGGAAAAGGAAUCCAAUCUGCCGGUAUCUACAAAUGGUAGCGCAUCGUAUUUAUGGUUUAUAUUCGAGCAGAUGAACACACCUUUGAAUGAUUUCUUCUUUCUAUGUACUCGGACAGGCGAAUUGUGGAUGGAGAAUCCAACGCGAUGCGCUUACUUUCCUUGAACAUGUUCUCCAGCACAUGAAAACACACUAUUGACUCUUUUGUGCAAUGCAGAUUCAGGAAAAAAAAAAAAAAAAGAAAAAAAGAGUGGAUGAUGGUGAUGAUGAUGAUGAUGAUGAUGACGAUGAUGAUGUGCAAAAGAAAUGGAAUGCGGAAAUUCUUCACAAAUGGAAUCCUGAAAGGGAUUCCACCUGCUUUGGUGCAACCGGCGAGGACACGAUGAACGCCACAAGGAGACCGGCAACAUUCUUAGCUUGUGACUUGCUUGACACCCCUCCAACCCCUCCCGAUCACGUCUCAUCAAAUAUGUGCCAUAUUUGAUCUUGCAACACGUACAAGACAAAAACUAUUGUGUCAUGAUGGUGAUAGACUUAAUGUUUUUUUUUGGGUGAAGCAUAUUGUGUAACAAGAAUCUUUGUUCAAGUUUAAUGCUACUAGUGUUACUGGAAUACUGAUGCUGCAGUCUGUUACUAUGUGGAUGUGUGAGUACGUAUGCAAGAAAGAACAAAUUGGGCAGCAGUUACAGGUACUUUGUAUAAAAAAAAAAACAUUUACAAGCAA